AUGAGCCAGAAAUUUAAAACUGUAAUACAUUCAAGUGUUUAUUAUUUACUUGCAGAUGCGCUUGUGGAAACGAACCCCAGUCAUUCUUUCUUGGGAAAUGCCAUAAGGAGCAAUAUAAAGUCUGACUCUUCCAAAGCUGAUAUUGAACUCUCAGACAGUGAAGUGGUUGUUGUGUCUGUCAAUGAACCUUCAUCUGACGUGACUGACAAGGACAUCAAUGAUUUUGCAUCUUGGUUGGGUGGAUCAUAUGUUGCUGGCUCUGCUGAACCAUUGUCUGGAUUGUUGAGUGUCUCUCUGGCUGGGGGUGCUAAUGUGGAGUUCAAUUUAGAAAAGGAAGCAGAGAGGAAAUUUGUAUUGAACCUUUUGGGUCUAUAUCAGAAUAUCAGACGAGCUGUCAGCGUUCAUGAUGAUUUAUCUCAUGAUAUUGAGAGAACUGCUGAAUUGACAGUUGGACGCUUUGGUGGUAUCGAUGCUUUAGCACAGGAGUAUGGACAAGGUAUGGCUAAGCAAGGGAUGAGUGUCUUGCUUGCCACCCUAUCAAAGCUAUUUGAACUGUUGGAGACGUCUCAUAAAGGCCAAAUUGUUGGGGUGAUUGUCCUUGAUGAGAGAGUAAAUCAAGUUUCAGAAAAUCUACUGAGCAUUGGGUCUUCUCGUUCAUCUGCACGCUCAAUGGAGGAAGUAGAGGGAAUCCCACGUCCAGCCAUCAUUAUCGCUCAAGUUUUACUUGUUAGGCUGACUCUAGCAUGGUUGACCGGAAUAAUUCUUCUCAUUGCAACUAUCCUUGGGGUAAGAUUACAUGCCUUUUAUCAGUUAACUACUACCAAGCUGAUUCUUUGGUCAAUGUAG